ACCGACGAUUAUGGUCCCGACUUGGAAAGGAGAUCCCCUUUCGCAAUGCUUGGGAAUGCCCCUUACAAAAGGAGACUUCCAUAUUUCCCGCCACAGAGGGUGAAGUCGUCACUCAAUCUUUGA